AAAUCACAAAAGUCGAGGAUCACCAUGGCGACAAUGGUUCGUGUUUGCUCGUCCCUCGUGGUGCUACUUUGGGCUUGGUACAUGCAAGAAAGCAAGUAAGCAGCCUCGCCGACGUCGUGUUGCGCUCAGCACGCGGCCUAUUAUGCAUAAUUUAGGCUGCCGACAGUAUCUUUGCCCAAACACACCCUCUGACACGCUCAAACGGCGUAAUUAAUGAAUGAACUGCCGCAUUAAAAUUCGCACGACAGUUUCCAAGGAUAUAUGCGGUAUUUUUGUUUAAAUUAAAUUUGAAGUUACGCUAAACCACGCGACUCUUUGAAUAAAAAAGCUACUGUCAAUGGAAAUUGUUGCAAUUCAUCUCUCACAUUAGCACAUCCUGUCUCUAAAUUGUGCGAUUACGGUGCUGCAUUCGGGAAGGUUAACGCUUUUUAAUGGUUCCGGCACCACUUUCCGUCGUAUUUUUUUCAGCAGUUUCGUCCCAGCAUGGCUCAGAUAUGGAAUGGGUUUGCUACUGCUCUUUUCGUAGUGCUGUUUUACAGUGUUGCGUGUCAAGAAGAAUGGGAAAUAAGUCAAUCCCGCAGCCCUAGAGCUGUUCUAAAUUUCCUCCCUUACACAUACAUCGUCAGUUUGCUGCAGGCAGCUCAGAAUUGCUGCGAUGCUCCGGUUUUGAUUCCCAACUACGUGCAAUCGCAGUGUGGCGCAACCGCAACAACACGACGCUAUGGUGGCUACAGGUACAGGUCAAGAGGCAGGGGUUUCGGCGGUCUUUUCGGGACACUCGUCAAUGGAUAUGGAUACCAAGGCAGGAUUUCAAACAAUGGCGCAGCAUUCACUGAGCAAGUCUUGCUGAACGUGUGCUAUGCCGACUGCGCGUACCAAGGGCUGGGCCUUGUAAAUCAAUCCACCUUCUCGAGCUCUGCUUCCUUGAACAUGGACCAAAUCAGCACACUUUUUAGCAAUGCCACGGAUUACUAUCCUGAUUGGAGUGAUGUCGUUUCAAAUGCCACCGAUUAUUGCUCAUCAAAAGCUUCGACGUCACCGAGGGCAAUUAGGACCUUUAGUGGCCGAAUUUGCUCAACGUACCCGUUGAAAUUCUCGAUUUGCGUUAGGCGGUACCUUCUCCAGAAUUGUCUGUCUGACAACACGACUCAAGGCAGCCAGUGUGAUAGUGCGUUCAGCAACCUCGCGGCCGCCGCCGAUGGCUUCUCACUCAGACCCUACUUUAACACCAACUCGCGGUAUAGGCUCCUGUUGUAGCUCCGAUGAGAUGAAUUUACAAUCAAAUUGGCUGAAAUGUUGUCAUUUUUAUUUCCUAUUGGGGCAAGCAUCCAGAAAUGAAAAUUUUCGAUAUGAAUAUUGAAUUUUAAAAAAUAAUUCACCCCAUUCAUUUUUAAAAAUUGCCUGUAAACUUAUGAAAAGGUUUCGAAAUUCUUUUUCAAAUCAACAUUUAAAAAAAUUUAAAUGUGAAAAUAAAGUUACAAAUUCUGCGUCAAAAAAGUCUUUAAUUCAUCCA